AUGGAAUUCUUCACUGUUGAGAGCGAGCUAAGAGUCAUGUACAAGGUAAGGUCAUGCCCAGAUGUUAGCAACCGAAGGUUGAUCCUGUACUUCGGUACCUCUGUGAUUGCCAUAGGAUCCAACGACAGAGACACGUCACUUGAGGCAACCAAGGCCCUGCUGCAUUCGACAUCUGCAUGUACUACUCCGUACUGGGCGCCCAAUGGGCUUGUCCGCACCUCGACGCCUCAAAGAGGCAACGGCAGCAUUGGGAUGAGCAAGGCGACAAUUGUCGAAACAGCAAAGUGGCUACGUAGCGAGGCUGGCGCAUCAAGCUGGCCUGGCCACCUCGCCAUCACAGACGUGGCCGCCGCCAAAGACGUGUUCGUGAGCCUUGCCAUGCCCAACACUUCGUCUUCGUUGUCGCCGUCGUCGCCUGCAAACCCUCGCGGGCUGCCUCUGAAUUGGAGCACCGGUGGCAAAUGCAGGCUCCUCACCGAUGCAUUAGCCGAAACCCCACGAAGAUUUCGGGACUUGAACCAGCAGGCCCGGGUCGUCUACGAUGACAGCACGCGCCUCAACAAUUGCCUGAUGCUGGCAUCUGGCAAACAAUGA